AUGCAAUCUUACAUCCUAGUAAGGACUGUUCUUUUGUUGUGCUUUUUGCUUGAAACGAUUCAAGUUCUCGGUCAGACGAAAGAGCCAAAAGACUUUGACUUAAACAAAACACCUCCCCCCGAAGAUGGUUCUGAGAAUGAAGGUACAAAAUCACACUAUACAAUAGAGAACAUAAACACGGAAAGCUACAUUCCAGCACCAAAAGAAGCGGACGUCAAUAAAAGUAGAAAGAAAAGAAAGCAGCUAGCAACAGAUCCUACAGAAGAAGCCGAGCGUAAGAAAGUCUAUAAACGUGAAAAGGCGAGAGAAAGGCGAAAAGGUAUUCGUGAGCGUAAGUUGGCCGGUACACUAACUGAAGUCGAUUUGAGAUCACUCGAACUAACAAAAGCAAGAAAACGUAGAUACCGUCAAAAUAAUAAACAAUCUUUAGCGAAAUACUUUAGGGAGUAUCACUUAAACCAUUUAAGUGAAUAUGCGGCUAGAAGUAGGAAAUGGAGACAAGAGAACUUGGAAAAAGCAAGGCAAACGGAUAGACGGAGGCGAGAGAAGAAGAAGAAGCAAAAAGUCGUAAUUCACGAUAGAUCUGCCGAAAAGCACACUUGA